UCCAUCAAGAUGGCAAUGGAGUGCAGGAGUGAACUUUCGUUUGCCUUGCCGGUUGAGCCCCCGUCUCUGGGGGGCCGACGCUGCGCCGCCAGUGAUGUCUUUAGCAGCCAUUUAUGGUGUAGAGAAAGGAAACUGGUGGUGCCCGCAUGUGCAGCUCAACUGGUCACAGGGGUGAAGUUUGUGAGCAGAGAAAGGGAACUGGUGUGUGUUACCAGUGGGAACUCUUAUUUUGGUGCUCAUUUGAUCAGGAAACUCCUGGUUCGCGGUUAUAUGGUUCGAGCCACGAUUCAGAACCAAGUGAACUUUGAGGAAAUGAAGGAGCUAUUGAGAGAAGAGGAGAUGAAACAGCUGGAAAGUGUAGUGGUGGCAAGAAUGACAGACUUGGAUUCUUUGUGUGAGGCAUUUAGAGGGUGCCAUGCUGUUUUCCACACCUCCUCUUUCAUUGAUCCUCAUGGAAUCUCUGGAUACACAGAACGAAUGGCAUUCCUGGAGACCGAAGCUGCGGGAAAUGUCAUAGAAGCUUGCAGCAAGGCAGCCUAUGCAAGAAGAUGCAUCCUCACCUCUUCUCUUCUUGCAUCCAUCUGGAAAGGCAAUAACCAUGAACAUGAUCUAGAUGAGAGUUCUUGGACUGAUGAGGAUUUCUGCAUAGAAAACAAGCUAUGGUUUGCCUUGGCUAAGACCAGAGCAGAAAAGGUAGCUUGGAGGAAAGCAAUGGAGACAAAGGUGAAGCUCGUGACAGUCUGUCCUGCACUCGUGAUGGCUCCGUCCUUCCCACACGCCGACACCGAAUCAUCUCUUCCAUAUCUCAAAGGUGGGCAAAUCAUGCUCCGACAAGGCGUUUUAGCCACUGAAGACGUUGAUAAAGCGGCCGAAGCGCAUGUGUAUGUGUAUGAAGAAAUGGAUUAUGGAGCUUGCGGGAGAUAUCUGUGCUUUGGACGAACCAUUACAACGCCAGAAGAGGCGGUUUUGCUUGAAAACAGAUUGAAAAUGCAGCAGGGCCUGCUUUCUGCAUAUGAGAGUGAUGAAAUUCCGGCGAGACUUUGCAAAUCAAAGCUCACCAGAUUACUGUUUCGCACUGCUCGCCGGCUAUCCUGCAAACAGCGAUAAGCAUUGGGUGAUUACUAUGAAGGCUUGGACCAGUAAACUUAAAAAAAAAAAACAAAACAAACAAACUCAUAAUAGACUUACCCGGCUGGAACAGGAUUAGUCCAUAUAGUGUUUUAGUGUAUGACCAAAAAAAAAUCAUGCAUUUAUACAUGUUUAAUAUCUUUAUAUCUAUUAAGGUGCAUAAUUUACUUGAAUUAUGGAA